AUGUCAGACAGUGAUUUGAGAGAAAGAGGAAUUCCGGUGAACCGGAGAUCACUUAAAGGGCCACAUAAUCCUUCGCUUUCACCGUCGACUCGCCGGAGGAGCAGUUCUCAAUUGCGCCGCCGAAUUCCGAGACCAUCUACGAAGCCCAUUGAGUUUUUUGAGAGAUGCAGCUCGGAGCCUGUUCUUUUGGGAGCUGGAACAGCCGGAGGAGGCGGAGACGAUCCCGGUCAACGGCCUUUGACUGCCCCGGAGACUGAGGGAGUUCUUUGCCGGCCUCAGACUUGUACUGACAUUUUUUCGUCGCCUGACUAUGUUUCCUUUCAUAGCCCUCCUCGAAAAUCUUUGGAGGGAUACAAAACCGACUCUAAGGUGGUGAUCAAUGUAACAGUGGAGGGGAGUCCUGGACCAGUUCGAGUUCUGGUGAAGUUGGGAUCCAGUGUGGAGGAGACAAUUAAGCUUGUUGUCAACAAGUACAUCGAAGAAGGUCGCACGCCUUAUCUCGAUAAAGAAGCUGUAUCUACCUUUGAGCUACACAAUUCCUAUUUCAGCCUUGAAUGCAUGGACAAAGCGGACACAAUUGGAGAUGCUGGCAGCAGAAACUUCUAUCUUCGAAAGAGGAGCAGCAGUCAAAGUAGCAGUUCAUCUCUGAGUCCAGACAGUCACUCUGAUGGGGCUGGCUAUCGACUUUACUGUUCACCUCUGAUCUCCCUCCAAAAUUCCAUAUGUAGGAAAAUUAACAAGAUGGUUAGAAAAACACAUAAACUCUGGAAAUUAUUAGGUUGUUUAUGCUAA